AUGGCGUACCGGCUUUAUGAAGAUGAGGAAUCGGCCUCUACUUUGAUUGAAUUCGUCAACGGUAAAUUCCCACUGUUUGAAAACCUUGAGCAACCUUUCCGUUUCACAUACGUAACUGGAGAAGCAUCCCUUCAGAAUCUGCUGAAUAUACAUGCAAUCGAAGCCCAACGACACAAGGAUAGCGGACCAAAGCCAUUGAGCGCUCAAAUGAUAGGAGCACUCGAACGCGCCCUGCAUGCACUAUUCCAGCUCGAAAAAGCUGAUUAUCAAACCUCAGUACAGAUGGCAUAUUAUGCACAGGCGUUUUGCGUGAUCACUCCAGACCAAAGUCUGCUUAGUAAUCUCAUCCGUUCGCAUAUUACAAAAGGGAUGAAAUUGCGAUUUGAAUUAACAAGCGCGAAGCGUCGACACAAGCGUCUCUAUAGGGCGAUUUUGGCAUCAAAAGCGUGGUCAUCCUCAAUUGAGCUUCCGGAAAAUCGGAGCAGCAUGGCGAAAGCAAUCUAUGAAACUGGAAUAACUGCAUGUCUUUUCAUAGGUGUGUCAGAUACUUCAAUGGAGAACAACCACUUGUGGAUAUGUGGGAAGAGCACUUGCAACCCAAAAUUGUGA